CUAAAACGUAGUACAACAGACUGAAUGUUCCGUGUGCAGCAUUUUUUAAUAUUUUUUGGUGUUAAAUCCUAAAACAAGGAUGGUGUCUAUAUAAGUCGUAAGUCAGUGCUUCACCAGCGUCAGAGAGAUUCUGUAGAUUUAUUCUGUGCAGUGAAUCCGUUUCUCACUUCUAACAUUCAGAACAAAAACUCUUUAUUUUUGACAGGGUGAAAUAAGAUAAUAUAAGUAAUGGUCUUUUCCACCCAUGUAAACUGGUGAAUGUUAUAAAAUAUAUUACAACAAUAAUGUUUUAUUUCUAAGGUAGACUCUUGUGUCAGAUAAUCUAAGUCAGUGUUAGAGAAUAGUUAAAACUUUUUAAGAUUUACUCGGUUAGCCUUCCUAGCGGGGCUGUAACACCGGUUAUACCCCGAGCUCUAUGGCUAAUCUGGCAUUUUGCUGGUGGACAUAAAUACAGUAUAGUAAUAUUCUAUCGACAAAAUAUAAACAAUAUCUUAUCCCCCGAGCCCUCACGUCAAUAGUCCAUCGAUUUGAACAAAAAAUAUCCUGCAGUGCUGAGGCAUCUUCUACUGUUAGCUUAGCGAAGUAGGAGCGACGACCGCUCCAAGAUGGCCGCCGCAUUUCCUCCGCUUGAGCAGCCAAUGUGGGACUGGUCUUUAUUAUGUCUAUGGCUCCUGAUGCAGGUGAGCUACCUGAGUGUUCUUCGCGCUGUUGGCCGCAGCACGGGAACCCAACCGGACCAGAAAACCCGGAUCCGGCAGCUGGUCAGCAGCACCAUCCUCAUCUUCCUAGUCUGUUUCUCUCCGUAUCAUGUCUUCCUGCUGCUGCGGACGCUGUUCGAGCGUGACUGCAGCUUCAUUGCAAGAAUCUUUAACUACUACCACGUGUCGCUGCUCCUCACCAGCCUGAACUGCGUCGCCGACCCGGCGCUCUACUGCUUCGUCAGCGAGAGCGCCCGCCGCGGGCUGCACCGUGCCAUCGUCAGACCUGUCUCCAGGGUCAUCUGCUGCUGCUGUCGCCGAGGCAAUGCCAGCCCUGUCGGCCCAGCCGGCGACUCCCACGAGGUGGCGAAGGACGGCGGGCAGAGUGUGACGCUGCUGACCCACAGCUACACACCUCUGAAUCCCAAGACAGGCAGCGGAAAUGCAACCUCUGACCCCUCGACUGUCCCAAACAAGUCCCGGGCAGAGAACAGCGGAGACAUGGGAGGAAGGACCGGGGACAGGGACAGGAAGUGCAGUUGAAACAUGGCGGCUGUAGGCAGUCAGACUGCCAGCCGGGUUUUAUGAUAUUACCGUGGUUUCAUCCGAACAGCUGAAGGUUAAACUUUGACCUUUGACCUGUGGUUUCUACAGGGGGACUGGCUGCCCUUUACUGAUUGGUCAAAAACCGACCGGAGACAAUCUGAGUGAAAGGCAGAAAUGCGAGCAGACUGAGUCGGAAGCCAGAAAGUUUUGUAGCAGACAAUUGCAGGAACCCAAUGUCCGGAACCAGGAACCGUCUGGACCAGGGCUGGACCAAGGCAUAAGCAAACUAAGCAGCCGCUUAAGGGGCCCCCUCAGUGGAGCAGAUUUUUUUGUUUGUUUUAAUAAUAAAUUAUGUCAUUAUAAUAUCAAA